AGACCUUGAUGGACUCUACAACAGCAACGGCAGAGCUGGGCUGGACGGUACAUCCUCCCUCAGGGUGGGAAGAGGUGAGUGGAUAUGACGAGAACAUGAACACAAUUCGCACCUACCAGGUGUGCAACGUCUUUGAAUCCAGCCAGAACAACUGGCUCCGGACCAAGUACAUCCGGAGGCGGGGUGCCCACCGCAUCCAUGUGGAGAUGAAAUUUUCUGUUCGGGACUGCAGCAGUAUCCCUAAUGUUCCAGGCUCAUGUAAGGAGACUUUUAAUCUCUACUACUAUGAGUCAGACUUUGACUCGGCCACCAAGACUUUUCCCAACUGGAUGGAGAAUCCUUGGAUGAAGGUAGACACGAUUGCUGCCGAUGAGAGCUUCUCGCAGGUGGACCUAGGUGGCCGGGUGAUGAAGAUCAACACUGAGGUGCGCAGCUUUGGGCCUGUCUCUAAGAAUGGUUUCUACCUGGCCUUCCAGGACUAUGGAGGCUGCAUGUCCUUGAUUGCGGUCCGUGUCUUCUACCGCAAGUGUCCCCGCGUGAUCCAAAAUGGGGCUGUUUUCCAAGAGACCCUCUCAGGAGCGGAGAGCACUUCGCUGGUGGCGGCGCGAGGGACGUGCAUCACCAAUGCAGAGGAAGUGGAUGUGCCCAUCAAGCUGUACUGCAAUGGGGAUGGCGAGUGGCUAGUGCCUAUUGGCCGCUGUAUGUGCAGGGCAGGUUAUGAAUCAGUGGAGAAUGGGACCGUCUGCAGAGGCUGCCCAUCAGGGACGUUCAAGGCCAGCCAAGGGGACGAAGGAUGUGUUCACUGCCCAAUUAACAGCCGGACGACUUCGGAAGGGGCCACUAACUGCGUGUGCCGAAACGGAUAUUACCGGGCAGAUGCUGAUCCUGUCGACAUGCCAUGCACCACCAUCCCGUCUGCCCCUCAGGCUGUGAUCUCCAGUGUGAAUGAAACCUCCCUAAUGCUGGAGUGGACCCCGCCGCGGGACUCCGGAGGCCGGGAGGAUCUGGUGUACAACAUCAUCUGCAAGAGCUGUGGCUCUGGCCGUGGGGCAUGCACACGCUGUGGGGACAACGUGCAGUUCGCCCCACGCCAGCUGGGCCUGACAGAGCCUCGCAUCUACAUAAGUGACCUGCUCGCCCACACACAGUACACCUUUGAGAUCCAGGCUGUGAAUGGAGUCACCGACCAGAGCCCCUUCUCUCCACAGUUUGCCUCAGUUAAUAUCACGACCAACCAAGCUGCUCCUUCUGCUGUGUCCAUCAUGCAUCAGGUGAGCCGCACUGUGGACAGCAUUACCCUCUCGUGGUCUCAGCCUGACCAACCCAACGGCGUCAUCCUGGAUUAUGAGCUGCAAUAUUAUGAGAAGGAUCUGAGUGAAUUAAAUUCAACAACAGUGAAGAGCCCCACCAACACUGUGACAGUGCAAAACCUCAAAGCUGGCACCAUCUACGUCUUCCAAGUGCGGGCACGUACUGUAGCUGGGUACGGCCGGUAUAGUGGCAAGAUGUAUUUCCAGACCAUGACUGAAGCUGAAUACCAGACCAGUGUCCAGGAGAAGCUGCCACUCAUCAUUGGCUCCUCCGCGGCAGGACUGGUGUUCCUCAUUGCUGUGGUCGUCAUUGUUAUUGUGUGCAACAGAAGACGGGGCUUUGAGCGUGCUGACUCUGAGUACACCGACAAGCUGCAGCACUAUACCAGUGGCCACAUGACUCCAGGGAUGAAGAUUUAUAUUGACCCCUUCACCUACGAAGAUCCAAAUGAGGCUGUCAGGGAAUUUGCAAAAGAAAUCGAUAUCUCUUGUGUCAAAAUCGAGCAGGUGAUUGGGGCAGGGGAGUUUGGUGAGGUGUGCAGUGGGCAUCUUAAGCUUCCUGGCAAGAGAGAGAUCUUUGUGGCCAUCAAGACCCUGAAGUCUGGUUACACGGAGAAGCAGAGACGAGACUUUCUAAGUGAAGCAAGCAUUAUGGGGCAAUUCGACCACCCCAACGUCAUCCACCUGGAGGGAGUGGUGACCAAGAGUUCUCCAGUCAUGAUUAUCACUGAAUUCAUGGAGAAUGGCUCAUUGGACUCCUUCCUACGGCAAAAUGACGGGCAAUUCACUGUGAUCCAGCUGGUGGGCAUGUUGCGGGGCAUCGCGGCAGGCAUGAAGUACCUGGCCGAUAUGAACUAUGUGCACCGGGACCUGGCCGCCCGCAACAUCCUGGUGAACAGCAACCUGGUCUGCAAAGUGUCUGACUUCGGCCUCUCCCGUUUUCUGGAGGAUGACACCUCUGAUCCCACCUACACCAGUGCACUGGGUGGGAAGAUCCCAAUACGGUGGACAGCACCUGAGGCAAUUCAAUAUCGAAAAUUCACAUCAGCCAGUGAUGUGUGGAGCUACGGGAUAGUCAUGUGGGAGGUGAUGUCAUAUGGCGAGCGGCCUUACUGGGAUAUGACCAAUCAAGAUGUGAUAAAUGCGAUUGAGCAGGACUAUCGACUGCCACCCCCUAUGGAUUGUCCAAAUGCCCUGCACCAGCUAAUGCUUGACUGUUGGCAGAAGGACCGAAACCACAGACCCAAAUUUGGGCAAAUUGUCAACACCUUAGAUAAAAUGAUCCGAAACCCCAAUAGCCUGAAAGCCAUGGCACCUCUCUCCUCUGGGAUCAACCUCCCUCUACUUGACCGCACAAUCCCAGAUUAUACCAGCUUCAACACUGUGGAUGAAUGGCUGGAUGCCAUCAAGAUGAGCCAGUACAAGGAGAGCUUUGCCAGUGCUGGCUUCACCACCUUUGACAUAGUAUCUCAGAUGACUGUAGAGGACAUUCUGCGAGUUGGGGUCACUUUAGCAGGACAUCAGAAGAAAAUUCUGAACAGUAUCCAGGUGAUGAGAGCACAGAUGAACCAAAUCCAGUCUGUGGAGGUUUGAAAGCUACACGACCUCAUACUCCUCUUCCUCAAGGCCCUGCUCCCCUUUGCCCCUGUAUGUCCAAGCUCCAGUGCUUGAGUGUUCUGCAUGGACCAGAGACAGGCAGCUGCUCUGAGGAUCAUGGCAACAGGAAGAAUUGUCCUAUCAUCAAUAAUGAGAAGUCGCUAAGAGCUUCUAGAAUUUAAGCAAUGGAAAAAGGGAA